AUGACCAGUCCACGUCCAUCCAAAAGGCAGCGUAUAUAUCGUGCCUGUGACCAAUGCCGACACCGUAAGUCCAAGUGUGACGGCGACCAGCCUGUGUGUUCCAUCUGCUAUUCGGCCAAGCGAGCAUGCACAUACCAGAAUGGCGGUGGCCGGCGCGGUCUUCCAUCUGGAUAUGUGCGGAGCCUUGAGAUCGUCUUGGGUCUUAUGUUUCAACAUGUUCCGAACAGUGAAGCUACAACUCAUAGUGUCCUCCGAGACUACCAUGGCAAGGGCAACUUCCUUACCAGUGGUGUGGCCGAGCAUUCUCAUAAUAUCUGGCGAAAGUCGAAGCUAUCUCGACAUGUGUCUCAAUUAUUGACACCUGGGUCGGAAUGCCUUGAUGAUUCAGAGUGGGAACCGAUCAAGACGCGAGAUCAUGGAAGCAUAGCUGAUCAAGGCAGUCCUCAUUCGAUCUCUAAACCAAAUGAGGUCUCAGCUAUUUGUGAAAUACCCGUCUUACCGUGUGAGACUCCAACCCUUCCUAACUGGGCUAUUCCUGAUCAUACACCCGACCUGCUUGACUUUUACUUUACCUAUACCCAUUGCUGGCUUCCUAUCCUCGAACGUCGCGAUCUUCUUCGAGCUAUGCAUAUCAGCCCUGGUCGAUCAGCAUCUGAUCUCACAUCGAGACAAAUGUUACUCUGGUCUGUCAUCAUCUACUCUUGUGCCUUGAAAGGCAUACAACUUCCAGGGCAACCAGCACUUCCUGCAAUCCAAUUAUAUACUCAACGCAUUCUUGCUUCUAAUAUGGCUAAACUGGAACUUGACCAUAUACAAUCGACUUUGAUUGUAGUUCUCACUCAUAUUUCAAUGGGGAACAUUAAUCAAGCAUGGCUUUCACUUGGGCAAGCCGCGAGAAUGCUAGCAAUCCUGCCUUUGAACCUGCGCAAAGGUCGCUUCCCUCAUACAUUCAAUGGAUGCAUCUUUCUUGACAAUAUUAUCUCUGCUUUGUUGGGUAAAACGCCCUGUCUUUCAUUGGAAGAACAACUACAACAAGGACCUGUGGACGAAGACGAUGUUGAUGAGUGGGAGGUGUGGUCCGCAUUUCGCACCAAGACACCUGCAACCCCUCUGCAAGCUCUCAGCACAUUCAAUUCCAUUCGACACCUCACACAGCAAACUUCACAAAUCCUAUACUGCACCUACAAUACCCUAUCAAAUUCCAAAGAUAUUCUGGGUAAUUUGCGGCAACAACAGGCAGCCAUCCUCCAAACCCGUCCUUACAAUCGCGAUAGCCUUACCACCCCUCCACUUCUUAUUUUGCAUCUUACGUCCGCCUUCACGACCCUUUCAUUGAUUCUCAAACUUGGGCAGGUCUCAUCUGCUAUUCUGGAAUUGUGUAUCAGAACAAUCUAUUGUGUACUCGAUAUGUUAGAUCACUACGUGGAGAUGACGGGUGCAGCCGGUUCUUCCCCAAUAGUUCAUUGUUUUGCACUUCAGUGCCAGCAAGCGCUGGGCAUUUGUGUCUCUUUGUUGAGCUCGGCAGAAGAGGAGGCUCUGCAGAGGCGCAUAGAUGCCCUGCUGCAGUCAGCAAAUCCGAACAGCCAGUUUGACGGAGGGGAUUGGUUACGACAUGCAAUUGCUUCAGCUUCAGUUUCAGGAACCCAGAGUGAUCAACACAACACACCUUUGAUACCCAUACCAGCCACGCAUAGCACACAAGUCAACUCGGCCACCAUGGUGUCUCAUCCAGAGCCACCUGACAUAAAUCUACCGGAUCCGCUUUCUAUCAGCGACACCACAGUUCCAGUUGGCGGAGGCUCAGAGGAAUACGACGCAUUGUUCGAAGAAAUGAUGCUUGUUGGCUCAUUCCCAACAAGCAGACAAGAGCCUUCAUUCGCACAUAACCUCGGUUUCUAUGACGGAGACCUUGACACGGAUUUUUUGGCUCAAUUGCAACAACCCUCAGAGAGGUAA